UGAGCCGUGUCGGUUUCAGGGUAACGCACUUGGACAUUGUUACUCGCAGGGUCAAGUGACAGCUAAUGCUGAGUCGAGUAACAACUGUGUGACGUGUUGUACCGCCUUUGACAACCCCGACGCCACCCACACUCGGUACAGGGGCAACUAACUCAAUGGCUUUGUUCGGAUAUAGCAGGGAACAUAUGUCUUCUUUCAAUGGGGGCUGGUUGAUAGAGAUCUUGGACGCUGCUGCAAUAAUUAGUAUAGAUAGCGAACAAGGUGAAUGCCGAUUGCUCCGUUGCCAGUGGCCGUGACACAGUGUUUCCUUAAAAGCAAACAGGCUUCGCUUGUUAUAUAUUUCUGCACCUAUUCUCAUCGUGAACACUAAAUCCAAUCAAGAGCAAUACCAUUCGCCUUUACUCUAAUUAGUAUCUCGACUUGUCUUUGCAAUAGACCUGGCACUAUCUUUUCGUAAAGGAGAGGUCGAAUAUCCCAUUAUGGCUCAAGGUUCCCUUAGUCGCCGUGACUUCAAUGUCCUGGAAAAGAUCAAGGACCCGGAAGCUAAUCCGGUAGCGGCCGUCAUGGUUGAUCCGAACUUGCCCAAAGACCCAAACAUCACAGACACCUCAGUGUACGAACGUAUUUCCCAGAAAGAACGAGAUAUCGUGUUGGCUAUUCAACAGUUGGAGAUGGAGCUUGCUGGACUAAGAGCUUCGACGACGACGGAACCGACCACCGACUAUCGCCGUUACGUCCACGACCUAGGAGAUCUGAUCUCAGAGUACCCUCGAUAUGGCAGUGCUAGAAACAACAGAGCACAGGCCCUGAGAAGAUUGUAUGGGGAUACCAUGCUUCUGCCGGAACAGCGCGACGAUAAGGCACUCCUAAAAGAAGUGGAUGCGAAUGAAGUUGCUCAAGCUGCUUUGACGACAUUGUUGGAUCUCGAUGAGGCCAUCUCCCUGCUGACCCCGAAAAGCCCAUUUGCCCCCAUAUCGCCAGUAGCAGGCAAAGCUCUAUCACAGGCUCACACCCAGAGAGCGGUGAUUUAUUAUAUGACAAGCAAAGCAAUUCGCUCGCAUGAUGAAAUCUGUCUCGGUGGGCGUAAAGAAGAGAGGUGGACUAAGCUGGAUUUCGAAAGCGCAGCGUCUAGAGAUUUCGCUUUAGGUGGGAGGUAUGGAAAUGAAAUUGCAAAGGGGUUAGCCGUGAGUACCAAUCCGACGGCGAAAUUAUGUGGUCAGAUCGUCCGGGAAGCGAUGAAGAAAGAGUAUGGCCCUGCAUUUGCGCAAUAACUAGCCUGAGUAACCAAUGGAUGCUGAAUCAAUGCACUUCUGCGUUGAAUAGUGUGCACGUCUUUGAGAGAUUUGCGCAGAUACCCGAUAAAUGGAAAUAAUAAUGCCUCCCUUAGCAAGAUUCUUAAGAUUUCCGAAGGAGUAUCAAUGGCUCUCGUAAGGUUUCUCUGAUGACGGCUGGCAGCGCCCAUGCACCACUGAUUGGGA